CCGCCCCCCCCUGCCUGCGCCUCUGUGGCUGCAGCCGCACCUCCGUCCGGAGGGCAGGGCUCCUGACGCCUCAUGGUGACAGGUGCAAAUCAUGACACUCAAGGGCAGUAUGAAGCCAGUGAAGAAGAAAACCGAAGAACCUGAGUUGGAGCCCCUGUGCUGCUGCGAGUACAUUGAUCGAAAUGGGGAGAAGAACCACGUGGCCGCCUGCUUGUGUGACUGCGAAGAUCUGGACCAAGGGUGCGAUAGAUGGAUUACGUGUAAGUCUGUGCAGCCGGAGACGUGUGAGAAAAUCAUGGAUACAAUUUCUGAUCGCCUUCGAAUUCCUUGGCUUCGUGGAGCCAAAAAAGUCAACAUAAGCAUCAUCCCUCCCCUCGUCUUACUGCCGGUCUUGCUCCGUGUGGCUUCCUGGCACUUCCUCCUGGGGGUGGCGGUCCUGACCUCCCUCCCUGUGCUGGCACUGUGGUACUACUACCUCACUCACAGACGGAAAGAGCAGACUCUGUUCUUCCUGAGCCUUGGACUGUUCUCACUGGGCUACAUGUACUAUGUGUUCCUGCAGGAAGUGGUCCCCAAAGGCCGUGUGAGGCCCGCUCAGCUGGCUCUUCUUACCUGCGGGUUAUUUCUGAUACUCUUAGCCUUGUACAGAGCCAAGAAGAAUCCAGGCUACCUCAGCAAUCCAGCAGGCACUGACAAAUCCCCAAGCAGCAGCCAAACCGAGUGCCCAAAUCGGAAAGGGCAGGAGACAACCAAAGCAUUCCCGGGAGCAGACGUGUCAGGCAGUCUCAACAACCGCACGCUGAAGGAUGAUCUGAAGGGCUCUUCCCGGAUGUUAACUGGAAGCCCUGCCAAGGUGAAGGAGGACUGGUGUGCUAAGUGCCAGCUGGUGAGACCAGCCCGGGCGUGGCAUUGCCGGAUUUGUGGCAGCUGUGUGAGGAGAAUGGAUCAUCAUUGUGUCUGGAUAAAUAGCUGUGUUGGAGAAUCCAAUCAUCAAGCAUUCAUACUUGCCCUCUUGAUCUUCUUGCUCACCUCGGUCUAUGGGAUAACGCUGACCUUGGACACCAUCUGCAGAGAGAGAAGUGUCUUCACAGCUCUCUUCUAUUGUCCUGGAGUUUAUGCAAAUCACAGCUCAGCUCUGUCCUUCACCUGCGUGUGGUACUCCGUGAUCAUCACAGCGAGUAUGGCCUACAUCUUCCUGAUCCAGCUAAUAAACAUCAGCUACAACGUGACCGAGAGGGAAGUCCAACAGGCCCUUCGACAGAAGACGGGGCGCCGGCUCCUCUGCGGGCUCAUCGUGGACACAGGCCAGUACAAUAGGGGCUUCCUGCGGAACUGGCACCAGUUCUCCACCCUGGGCACGCGUGCAUUCCACCACCCUGGCGAGGACAUUGUCUGAAGUGCCUCCUGUAUGGCUCUCUGAGGGAUGGCUCCUCCCAUCUCCCUUCCAUUGUACGCUUCAGCGUCCACACAGGAUGUCCAUUUUUAUCCCAGUUUCUUAAAGGCAUUAUAGGGCCAUGCUCAGGUGUAGAGACUGGACUGGGAAGAAAUUAAUUUUUUCUGACUUCGCAAUUGAAGAGACUUUUUUUCUGUCGAAGCAGUAAAAGCAGAGCCAUUCCUUUCCAGUCAUCUUACUGACUCACUCACCAGAAGUUGAAAAGGAUGUGGAUUGCUAAUACACAAAUUGACAGAAGCAAUUCCCGUCCAUCGGCGUGGGGG